CUGUAAAUUCCACACCGCCUCCUUUGCUAUUUGUUGACGGAGUGUAAAAAUAAACAAACAUUCGGGCGAACAAUGCUAAUCCAUUCGAUACGGAAUGCUUGGAGGAUUAGCUACCAAUUCCACAUCCGCAUGUUGUGUACAGGUAACUUGUUCUUGGCCUUUGGGUAUAAAUACUCGAGUUUUGGUGGAGAACAGCAUCAGUCAACGCACUUUCAAUCUUCAAGAACGUUCGUCGAACACCAAACAAAACACCAAAAUCAACAUGAAGUUCCUCAUCUGCUUGGCCCUCUUCAUUGCCGCUGCCCAGGCUCAUGUUGUGGCACCUGCCGUUGCCACCUAUGCCGCUGCUCCGGCCUUGACUUAUGCUGCUUCUGCUCCUGUCACCACCUAUGCUGCCGCCCUGCCCCGCACCUACUCCACCUAUGCUGCCCCCUCAGUCUAUGCUGCUCCCUCGGUGUACUCCGCCCCCUCGGUGUACUCCGCCUCCUAUGUGGCCUCGCCCUCGGUUUACUCUACCUAUGCCGCCCCAGCUGUUGUCUCCACUCUGCUCAAGAAGUAA